ACCGGAAGUGCUUUCGCCAGUUACCGAACUGCGGAACGUGUUUGCUGCAGCAGCUAAUUCAGGAAGUCCGUCCAUGUGACAGCGUUCCUGAGAGCGAUGGCCGACCCGGAGCUGCUGCUGGACUCCAGCAUUCGGAUGUGGGUGGUGCUGCCCAUCGUCUUCAUCACCUUCUUCGUGGGGAUCAUCCGUCACUACGUCACCCAGCUGCUGCACAGCGACAAGAAGGUGGACCUGGAGCAGGUUUCUGACAGCCAGGUGCUGCUGCGCAGCCGCGUCCUGCGAGAGAACGGGAAGUACAUCCCCCGACAGUCGUUCACGAUGAGGAAACAUUUCUUCAACGACGCAGAAACCGGCUUCUUCAAGAAGGUCAAGAGGAAGGUCGUCCCCAAGAACCCCAUGACGGACACCAGCAUGCUGACUGACAUGAUGAAGGGGAACCUCACCAACGUUCUGCCCAUGAUCGUGAUCGGGGGCUGGAUCAACUGGGCGUUCUCUGGUUUCGUCAUCACCAAGGUGCCGUUCCCUCUGACGCUGAGGUUCAAGCCCAUGUUACAGAGAGGAAUCGACCUGCUGUCACUGGACGCCUCCUGGGUGAGCUCUGCUUCCUGGUACUUCCUCAAUGUGUUUGGACUGAGGAGCAUGUACAGCCUGAUCCUGGGACAGGACAACGCUGCCGACCAAUCACGGGUCAUGCAGGACCAGAUGACGGGCGCUGCCAUGGCGAUGCCCCCCGACCCCAACAAGGCCUUCAAGCGCUAUCGGACAGGAAGGGGACGCGAUGCCCAAAUCAACAUGAACACACCCUGCCUCCAGGACCUUAUUGACCUGCCUCCAGGACCUUAUUGACCUGCCUCCAGGACCUUAUUGGCCUGCCUCCAGGACCUUAUUGACCUGCCUCCAGGACCUUAUUGGCCUGCCUCCAGGACCUUAUUGACCUGCCUCCAGGACCUUAUUGGCCUGCCUCCAGGACCUUAUUGACCUGCCUCCAGGACCUGCCUCCAGGACCUUAUUGACCUGCCUCCAGGACCUUAUUGGCCUGCCUCCAGGACCUUAUUGACCUGCCUCCAGGACCUGCCUCCAGGACCUUAUUGACCUGCCUCCAGGACCUUAUUGGCCUGCCUCCAGGACCUUAUUGACCUCAAUAAGGUCCUGGAGG